AUGAGUGAUUGGGCAUCUAAGCUAUCUAAAAAGAAAUCAGUUAAACCUACUCAAAAUACAUCUUCUAAGUCAUCAACUGCUUCACCUGAUAUAGAAUCAAAACCAUCUACCUCAACAUCUACAUCUCCAACAAAUGAAUUUAAUUCACAAGAAGUAUUAGAAUAUUUUCAAAAUCAAUUUAAUAGUAUAAUACAGAAAGCUCAACAAGAUAAAAAUGAAUUACAUUAUAAAAUAUUAAAAGUUGAUAAUAGUAAAUUAUGGAAAUCAACUAAAUCACCAAAAGAUGUUAUUAGAAAAGAUGUAUCAACAAUUGAUUUAUUAUUUGAAAUUAAUAGGUCUAUAUAUCAACAAAAUCAGAAUAAGUAG